UUCCUCUCUAGUCGUCUGGAGCAGAAUGGGAUCAAGUCAGUUCCUCCUGGAACCUUCUCUCCAUACAAGAAGCUGCGCAGGAUAGAUCUCAGUAAUAACCAAAUAUCAGAAAUAGCUCCUGAUGCUUUCCAGGGUCUGAGAUCCCUCAACUCACUAGUCCUAUAUGGGAAUAAGAUCACGGAGCUUCCCAAAGGAGUGUUCGACGGACUAUAUGCCCUGCAACUACUGUUGUUGAAUGCCAAUAAGAUCCACUGUGUUCGGGCCAAUGCCUUCACAGACCUGCAGAAUCUCUCUCUACUGUCUCUGUAUGACAACAAGAUACAGACUGUGGCCAAGGGCACCUUCGCAUCUCUCAGAGCUAUACAGACGCUAAUGUUGAGGAACAACAAGAUCAGCUGUAUCCAUAACAACAGCUUCACUGGCCUGUACAACGUUCGCCUGCUGUCUCUCUAUGACAACCAGCUAACUACCAUCACCCCUGGAGCCUUCGACACCCUGCAAACACUGUCUACACUUAACCUCCUUGCUAACUCCUUCAACUGUGACUGUCGUCUGGCCUGGCUUGGUGAUUGGCUGAGAAGCAGGAAGAUCGUCACGGGCAACCCUCGAUGCCAGCGCCCCGCCUUCCUCAAGGAGAUCCCACUACAGGACGUGGCAGUGCCUGACUUCCGCUGUGAAGAGGGUGUGGAGGAGACGAGCUGUGUGCCCAGGCCUCAGUGUCCCAGUGAGUGUACUUGUCUGGAGACCGUAGUACGCUGCAGUAACAAACACCUCCGUGCGCUGCCCAAAGGCAUCCCCAGAAACGUCACCGAGCUGUCUCUCCAUGGCAACGAGAUCUCCGAGCUUCCUGACGGCAUCUUCAGUGACGUGGCCUCUCUGUCUCACCUGGCAAUUGGUGCCAACCCUCUGUACUGUGACUGCCGUUUACGCUGGCUGUCUGAUUGGGUGAAGACGGGAUACAAGGAGCCUGGCAUCGCCCGCUGUGCCGGACCGACGGGCAUGGAGGGCAAGCUGCUGCUCACCACCCCUGCCAAGAAGUUUGAGUGCCACGGUGAGGUGGACAGUGGCGUCCUGGCCAAGUGUAACCCGUGCCUGUCCAGUCCGUGUGUCAACCAGGGGAUCUGUCACAGUGAUCUGGUGGAGAUUUACAGGUGCAGCUGUCCUCCUGGAUUCAAGGGUAGGAACUGUGAGACUGCUCUGAACGUCUGUGUCAGUAACCCCUGUGCCAAUGGGGGCACCUGCCAACUAAACGAGGAGGAGGAGGAGGCAUACAGCUGUGCCUGUCCCCUUGGUUUUGAAGGUCCUACCUGCCAGACCAACAUGGAUGACUGUGAAGAUAACGACUGUGAAAACGGAGCUAACUGUGUAGAUGGUGUCAACAACUAUACCUGCCUCUGUCCUCCUUACUACACCGGGGAGAUGUGUGAGGAGAUGGAGGAUGUGUGUGCUCCAGGUGUCAGUCCGUGUCAACACCAGUCUACCUGUCUCAUCAGCUCUACUGGACCUCAAACCAACAUCUCCCUUCUUCCUCCUAUCUCUCCUCCCCCUCCUAUCCUCCAUCUCUCAGGUAUGCCYGUGGACGUCCACUCGGCGGCCUUCCGGCUCUGGCAGAUCCAGAAUGGCUCCAGUUUCCACGGCUGCAUCCAGAACCUGUAUAUCAACAAUGAGCUGCAGGACUUCACUAAGACCCAGAUGAAGCCGGGCGUGGUGCCGGGCUGUGAACCUUGUAGGAAGAUCUACUGCCUGCAUGGUAUCUGCCAGCCGGACGGGGCACAGGGACCAGUCUGCCACUGCCAGCCGGGCUGGAACGGACCACACUGUGACCAGCCGGCCACCAACCCAUGCCAGGGCAGCAAGUGUGUGCAUGGCAAGUGUAUUCCCCUGGACCUGCAGUCGUACCGCUGUGAGUGUGUGGAGGGUUACCGUGGUGCCCUGUGUAACCAGCAGGGGGAGCUGUUUAACCCCUGCCGCAGCCAUAACUGUAAACACGGGCGCUGCCAGAUCUCUGAUACAGGAGAGGCCUACUGCCACUGUGAGGCCGGUUACACCGGAGAGCUCUGUGAUGCAGACCAAGAGGUAAUCCAGCCUAAACCAACUACAGAGUCAGAGUGUCGAGGGGAGCCUGUGAGGGACUUCUACCAGGUGCAGCGUGGGUACACCAUCUGUCAGACCACACGCAUGGUCUCCUGGGUAGAGUGCUCCGGCGCCUGCGACACGGGUGCCUGCUGUGCCAGCCAGCGAAUGAGACGCCGGAAAUACACCUUUGAGUGCAGCGAUGGGACCUCGUUCAGCGAGGAAGUGGAGAAGACCAUCAAGUGUGGCUGCGUGGGCUGCAUGUAGCACGCUUCACACAAACCUGCUACCGCCACCACCGAGCGCACCAGAGGGAGAGCGAGAAAGCGAGAGAGAGAGAGAGAGAGAGAGAGAGAGAGAGAGAGAGAGAGAGAGAACCGGAGAGGAGGAAGAAGUAAGAGAACAAGAGAGUAUAAAGAAAUAUAUAUAAAAACCUCUAUCUAUAUAUUAUGGACAACAAUGUUUGUAAAAUAGGACAUUUCCUCCCCUUCCAUGGCUGUGCGACAUACAGAAACACAGAGAAAACAAACAUCAACAACAACAACAACAUGGAGAAGUGUGAACAACAACAACAACCAAACCAUUGUAUCUGCAACAUUGUUUUGAAGGGUUCUAGAGAUGCAAAGGUGUUGCGUUCAGAGCCAGACAUCAACCCUCAUACACACCUGGUCUAAACCGUUGGCCCCUUGGCUCAUCCAUCCAUCCAUCAACCCUCA